CCGUGAGCGGCGGGAAUGCGGGGCGAGAAGGGGGUGGUUUUCAGCGGUGACGCUCUGAGGCGGCUCCUCAGGGUUGGCGCGCUGGGGAAGUGCACACCUGUGCCGUGACGUCACUACAGGUGCCUGAAUCUGGAACGCUGGUGCAGUGCUAGGGAACAGUCUGGUGUGUAUUUAAUAUAAAUAGAAUCCUAUCCAUCAGAAGUCUGCUGCGUGAUUGAACUCGUCCUAUGGACUCAGCCCCUUGCUAAUUUUCAGUAAAUGAUUUUUUAAAGGUUAUGGAAGAAGGAUCAGUGUCAGGUUUUGCAGUUCAGGAAUGAUCUCAGAUGAUAUCAAUCGGGCAGCGGUGCACCGAAUACUCCGGGUGGAUCACGCAGGGGAAUAUGGAGCGAACCGCAUCUAUGCAGGGCAGAUGGCUGUCCUGGGGCGGACAAGUGUCGGGCCAGUCAUUCAGAAAAUGUGGGAUCAAGAAAAGGAUCACUUGAAAAAGUUCAAUGAGUUGAUGGUUACAUUCAGGGUCCGGCCGACGGUUCUGAUGCCCUUUUGGAACGUGGUGGGGUUUGCACUGGGCGCGGGAACCGCCCUGCUUGGGAAGGAGGGAGCGAUGGCUUGCACCGUGGCCGUGGAGGAAUCUAUCGCACAUCACUACAACAACCAGAUCAGGACACUGAUGGAGGAGGACCCCGAGAAGUACGAGGAGCUGCUUCAGGUGAUAAGGAAGUUUCGGGAUGAAGAGCUCGAGCACCAUGACACAGGCCUUGAACACGAUGCAGAACUGGCUCCAGCGUAUGCCAUUUUGAAGAGGGUUAUCCAGGCUGGAUGCAGCGCCGCGAUAUAUUUAUCAGAAAGAUUUUAAGCCCCUUCGGUGCCGUGACAGCUGGAAACAUGUUGCAGACCAAGUUUGUCUUCAUCGGGUGGAAACAAUGGUGACAGCAGUGCUCCCCGUUAUGCUGGGCGGAGAGCAGCCUUUGUGGUGGUGUUUUCCAGGCCUAACUUGCAAGUGGCUUUUUGGAAACUAAAAAAAAAUCGCAUGGAGAUGUCGCCUAUUGCACUCACUUGCUGAUGCUGUGUGUGUUUAAAUAAGACAACGUAGGCAUAAAGAGAUUAUCACAGUUACUUAUUUGGGUGCCUUGAGGGAGCAUGUCAUUCUAAGUGCUAAAGAGUUUUAGAACAUGACGUUCUCACUCCUCCCUUCUGUCAUUUAGAAGACACUAUAAUGCAUCUCACCUACGCUUCUAAUAAGCUAUUAGCUCUGCUAAAUGAAAAAUCCAGAGGUCACUUUCUCCAGGUAUGAUCUGAUCCAGGAACUCACACCAGACACCCAGUUUCUGUCUGUCUCUCCUCUCUCUGCUCUUCAGUGUCGAAAUUGGGCUCCCAGUGGCUCCCAGCCGCCCUCCUCACGUAUGGCAGCAGAGCAGCUGCAGCACUUCCAUACGUCACCUCCCACCACCCCGCCAGCCACAAGCAGAGUGAGGGUCUCUUCCUCUCUCUUCUCCAGGAGAGAGAAAAGUUUGCUUUCCCAGAAUCCACAGCACGUGGCCCUCCCCGUCCUCUAGUCUUCUUUUUCCCCAGUGAGGUCACACUCCUGGCCCUCGACCAGUCACUGUGAGCCAGGGAAUUGUGGUGCUCUCAUUGGCCAGGCCUGGCCACAUGGUUGGCCCUGAAGCUGGUAGAGCGGGGACAAUUCCACCCACGCCACGUGGGCCCAGAAUCAGGUAGGGAUGGUUCCCACAAAGGAAGCCAGACCCUUUGGCUUCCAGAAGGGAGAACAGAUCUUGGGCAGGUAAAAAGACCUGAUGCCCCCCCCGAGCUCAGAGUUCAUGAUGGAGACAGAACUUGAGUCGAUAUAAAUGGGGCAGUGGGUUUGGGAUGGACUGGAUCAGGAAGGAUGAGACCGGCGGGGACAUCACUCCAGUGCUCCCCUUGAGGAUGGGUGAGGGCUUUGUGGUGACUGGGAGGCAGCAUAGCAUAAUAGUCUAAAACAUGUGGGUGUGAAUCCUUGCUGUGCCACUUACCAGGGGUUACCUAACCUCUCUGUGCCCUAAUUUACCCACUUGUAAAGUGAUGGCACCUGUGUCAUCAUGGAUGCGCCUGAAAACCAUAUGCUAAGUGGAAGAGGCCAGUCACAAAGAAUCACAUGUUAUAUAAUUCCAUGUACACAAACUGUCCAGAACAGGCAAAUCAUAGAGACAGAAAGUAGACUAGUGAUUAUUACCUAGAUCUAGAGGGUUUGGGGGUGUUGGGGGUGAUAGCUAAGGGGUUCAGGAUUUCUUUUCAUAAUGAAAAUGUCCUAAAAUCGACUCUGGUGAUGGUUGCACAACUCUGUGAGUAUACUAAAAGCUACUGAAUUGUAUAUCUCAAAUCAUUGAAUUGUAUGAUGUGUGAAUUAUGUCUCAAUAAAACUUCUUUCUGAAGGUCA